AUGCAGUUGCUAGACUUUCCGACCGAGCUGCUGGAAGCCAUCGCCCACCACCUUCAAUCACAGGCAGAUAUCAAUUCCCUGCUACAAACAAAUCGACGCCUAUACUGUAUCUUGAAUCCCCAUCUCUACACCUUCAAUGCUCGGUCUUGCAAUGCUCGUUUCUCGAGCUCGGCCUUGUCAUGGGCUGCUGAGCACCACCAACUACGAACUGCGAAACACUCCCUUCGGCAUGGUAUGACCGCACUGCUUGACUGGGAUCGCGACCCUUUACAUAUCGCCACUUCCAACGGAGAUGAGGACAUGGUCAUGUUGCUACUCCAACAUGAUGCUGGAGUCGACUGCAGGAAACUCAGGCAGACUCCACUAUAUGUAGCGGCCACGAGGAACCAUGAAGGAGUUGCCAGGUUGUUAUUGCAGAAUGGGGCGGAUAUAGAAUCAAACAAUUUCGAGGGGAACCUGUACCGGUACAACACCCCGCUGCACAUCGCUUCUUACUUUGGGCACGUCGCGAUGAUGAAACUUCUGCUCGAGAGAGGGGCUAAUAUCGAGGCGGAAAAUUCGAACGGGAACACGCCGUUGAUCCAGGCUUUGCGUGGAUCACAACCGACAGCCUUUCAGCUUUUGGUUGAUAGCCAUGCGAGACUGACUAGGGCUGGAGAGUCCCAUUCGAUCUUGCACGAGGCAGCCUUGGAAGGUAAUGUGGGAAUCGUCAGGGUUCUCCUUGACAGGGGGCUUGACCCGAACUCGCGAGACCGGACGGGUCGUACGCCCCUCGUCAGUGCGGCAUUGCAAAGCUGUUAUGGAGUUGUGAAGCUUCUUGUGGAAAGAAAGGUGGACCUUGAGAUGAAAGAUCAUCAAGGCUUGACCGCGCUCAGCACAUGUGCCUUCUUUGGCCUCAUAAUUCCCUUGGAAAUCCUUCUUGACUGCGGUGCGGACCCAAACACAUCCGAUGUGCAUGGAGAUACCCCGCUGCAUAAGGCCGUCACACACGAUCAAGAUAUUAUCACCAGGGCAUUGGUUGAAAAUGGGGCCAACCUGGAGGCUAAAAACGGUAGUGGCGAAACGCCACUCUUCCACGCGGUGCGGGAACAGACCGAAGCGAAUGUUCGGUUCUUACUUCAGCAGGGUGCUGAUCGUACUACCAAAAGUGAUGAUGGGACCACUUUGCUCUAUCUUGCUGCUCAGUUUAAUAACAAAGUUAUACUGGGAUUGUUGCAAUAG